CCGGAAACAUCUACUACAUGCCGGAUACUCAUGUGAACGCUUUGAAUUCGUGAACAACUCCUCACUUUUUAGGAGAGCCAUGGCAGACCAUGGGGAUGGGUCAGUGCAGAGCAAACAGAGCCGGACAGUCAUCGUCCGUCACCUGCCAGCUGACCUGACCAGAGAGGAGAAGGAGGACCUUCUUAAGUAUUUCGGAGCAGGAGCUGUCCGGGUUCUGUCAGAGAGAGGAGUUCUGAAACACACAGCUUUUGCAACUUUUGACAGUGAGGCUUCCGCUGCUAAGGCACUAAACAGACUGCAUCAGCUCAAGGUUCUUGGCCACACACUAGUUGUUGAAUUUGCAAGGGAACAGGAGAGUGUCACUGUACUAAAGGAUCCACCUGUAACUGAUGGUGCUCCUGAGGAGAAGGAUGGGAAGGGGAAGAAAAGUAAACUACCGCAGAAUGUUCCUCUCAUAGAGACUGGCGUUGCUCCAAACCUGGGGUUGAAAUUCCAAGCGAACCCGACGCUGAAAUAUUUAUACCCUCCCCCUAGUAAUGCCGUCGUGACGAACAUCACACACGCACUGCUGAGCGUGCCCAAGUUUUACGUUCAGGUCCUCCACCUGAUGAACAAGAUGAACUUGCCGUGUCCGUUCGGCCCCCUGACACCCAGACCUCCCAUGUUUGAGAUGUACCACGUACCUGCGGGCCCCGUGCCGCCCCCCUACCCCCCGGAGAACCCCCCUCUGCCGACGGAAGGGACCGACGCCAGCGAGGAGGAGUCUGAGUACGAGAGCGAGGGUGACGAGGAGGAGAAAGAGAGGAUGGUGAGACUGAUGGGCCUGGUCAACCAGCCGUGCAAGAGGCCGGCCCGGACGAAAGCGCCAGCCACCAGGAAGAAGCCCAAGCUGAAGGACCUGCUCUACGCGCCCAAGCCGGAGCCCCACAGUGCUACGGCCCCGGUUCUCCAGGCAUCAGAUGUGUUUGAGCAGCCUCAGGCCCUGGGUCCCAAAAAGAUUGAGUUCCACAUCCCUCCAGAGGUGUCCUCCAUCUUGGAAGCCCCAGACCAGGCUCACCAGCAGGAGAGUGAGGAGGAGAGGGAGGAUAACACAGCUACACCAAAAUGGAGAGUCGCUAAAGUCCAAACAGCAGAGACAGAUGACCAGCAAGGUCCCUCGGACGAGGUGGCGGACGGCUUUGGCAAGAUCUACCCAGCUGUCCAGGCCCCCCCAACGCAGGAGGAGGACAGUGGAGAGGAAGAGGACAUCCCCUCAGACUUCAUCUCCAGGAAGGAGCUGGACAAGGGACGUCUCUCCAGGGACGAGAUGAAAAGGAUGUCUGUGUUUAAAAAUUAUGAGCCCGGCGAAGUGACCUGCAGGUUGUACGUGAAGAACAUCGCCAAGCAAGUAGAAGAAAAAGACUUAAAGUACGUCUAUGGCAGGUACAUCGACAUCACAUCAGAGGCAGAGAGAAAUAUGUUUGAUAUAGUUUUAAUGAAGGAGGGGAGAAUGAAAGGUCAAGCUUUCAUUGGCCUGCCCAGUGAGAAAAGUGCAGAGAAGGCCUUGAGGGACACCAAUGGAUAUGUGCUCAACGACAAGCCACUCGUCGUGCAAUUUGCUCGAUCAGCCAGACCCAAACAAGAUGCUGGAGAUACAAAGAAACCACCAAAGAGGUCUUAGAAGGAUGUUGAUGGCAAAAAAAACGUCUCUGUUGGGAUCGAUGGGGAAAUGUUGUAUCCUUCUAAUCAUGGCAUAUCCUUUCAAGAUACUGGUUUUAACGGGAAUGUUCAACAAUUAGUUCAUCGUACCCUCAUACUGUGACAUUUAGGCUUCUACACUCAAAAGACCCACUUUACAUGGAGUGAUAUUUUGAAUAGAGAUAUUCACACUACCUUCACCUUUCAGUUUGCAAAAUGAUAAAAAAAAAAAACUGUGUGUGAGAUACUACAAUAGAUACCUUUGCCUGAGUCACACUGCAGAGAUCUGACGUUUAGUUGCACAUUUCUCACUUUUCUGCUUCCUCCCAUCUCCUCUCACCCCUGCUUAGCCCUAAUUGCAUUGGCAGCUCCUGUUUUUUUUCUCCUAACAUGUCUGAAAUAAGCUGUGCCCACAUUUAAACUUUUAUCUGCGCCAGCUGACUGUGUUGAACAUUUGCUCUCUCUCUCUCUCUCUCUCUCUCUCUCUCUCUCUCUCUCUCUCUCUCUCUCUCUCUCUCUCUCUCUCUCUCUCUCUCUCUCUCUUCCCACGUCUUUGCCUUUACAGACUGCACGUUUUGACCUGACCACCCUUGACUGAAGACCUUGAUUUGAAUAAAUAAAUGUUUCUUUUAUAAUAAAAUCCAAAAGAGUCUGA